UGGACACACAAGCAGGAAUAUCUCAGAAGGACAUCUAAUGUUAUCCCUGGAUUGUCACAUAAAAGAUAAUGACAGUAGACAGGAUUCUCCAGGAGAUAACCCCAUUACCCCAAUUAUACAUCCAGCUUUAUCAGCUGAUCCCCCUGAUCCUGGGAAAUGUUCUCCUGAUCACUCUGAUAUUGGUGCAUCUGUUACAGCUCUGACAGUAGAUACAGUGUUUCCCUGUUCUAUAGAUGCCAAAUGUUUUACACAGAACACAAACCUUAUUACCCAUCAGACAGGUAAGGCAGGUGAAAGGCCACUGAUAUGUUCUGAGUGUGGGAAAUGUUUUACACAGAAAUCACAACUUGUUACACAUCAGAGAAGUCACACAGGUGAGAAGCCAUUUACAUGUUCUGAGUGUGGGAAAUGUUUUGCACACAAAUCACAUCUUGUUAUACAUCACAGAAGUCACACAGGUGAAAAGCUGUUUUCUUGCUCUGAGUGUGGGAAAUGUUUUACACAAAAAUCACAUCUUGUUAUACAUCACAGAAGUCACACAGGUGAGAGGCCAUUUCUAUGCUCUGAGUGUGGGAAAUGUUUUGCAAACAAAUCAGAUCUUGUUAGACAUCAGAGAAGUCACACAGGUGAGAAGCCAUUUCUAUGUUCUGAGUGUGGGAAAGGUUUUGCGCACAAAUCACAUCUUGUUAUACAUCACAGAAGUCACACAGGUGAGAAGCUGUUUUCUUGCUCUGAGUGUGGUAAAUGUUUUACACAAAAAUCACAUCUUGUUAUACAUCACAGAAGUCACACAGGUGAGAAGGCAUUUCCAUGUUCUGAGUGUGGGAAACGUUUUGCACACAAAUCAGAUCUUGUUAUACAUCACAGAAGUCACACAGGUGAGAAGCUGUUUUCUUGCUCUGAGUGUGGGAAAUGUUUUACACAAAAAUCACAUCUUGUUAUACAUCACAGAAGUCACACAGGUGAGAAGGCAUUUCCAUGUUCUGAGUGUGGGAAAUGUUUUACACAAAAAUCACAUCUUGUUAUACAUCACAGAUGUCACACAGGUGAGAAGCUGCUUUCUUGCUCUGAGUGUGGGAAAUGUUUUACACAAAAAUCACAUCUUGUUAUACAUCACAGAAGUCACACAGGUGAGAGGCCAUUUCUAUGCUCUGAGUGUGGGAAAUGUUUUGCAAACAAAUCAGAUCUUGUUAGACAUCAGAGAAGUCACACAGGUGAGAAGCCAUUUACAUGUUCUGAGUGUGAGAAAUGUUUUGCAAACAAAUCAGAUCUUGUUAGACAUCAGAGAAGUCACACACGUGAGAAGCCAUUUCUAUGUUCUGAGUGUGGGAAAUGUUUUGCACAAAAAUCACAUCUUGUUAUACAUCACAGAAGUCACACAGGUGAGAAGACAUUUCUAUACUCUGAGAAAUAAAUCAGCUCUUGUUGCACACAAUAGACAUCACUCAGGUGAGGAACCAUUUUAAUCUUCUGGAGUAUACUUAUCAUUGCCAUGCGUUGUUCUUCAAGGUUCUUAUCCUAUCUCCUAUGCUUUUUGCAAUAUACAUGCUACCACUGGGUGAAAUAAUCAGAUGUCAUCUACCACUGCUAUACAGAUGACCUGUCUUUUGCUCUGGGUACUGAGAGCCCAGUACCAAUCCUAAAUGGUUGUCUAGCUGAGCGCCAGGUGUGGGUGAUGCCAGUUGGCUGUGACUCAGUCCUGGUUAAACAGGUCCUUAUGAUAGAAGCUCACCAACAAAGAACACAGCUACAGCUCAGCUUUGCAAACCAACCAGACUUACGCUUGGGGGUUCAGAGUUACAAAAUGCUGAUCAUGUGCGGAAUCUUGGUGUCAUGGAUGGUGGAGUGACACUUAGACAUUGGUAUCUGCCACAAUCAGAUCCUCAUCUGAGGAACAUAUCCAGACUCCAGCACUUAUUUCCCUCAGAUCUACCUACAGUCAUACAUGUACUUGUAUCAUCACACAUAGACUACUGCAAUGUCCUCUACCUGGAUCUCCCAGCAAAAGAAUUGCACCGCUUGUAGCUUGUGCAGAAUGUAGCAGCCAGGCUGUUACCUAACCACCCCGUUCCUGCCACAUAACACCCAUUCUCUGCUCCCUUCACCGGCUGCCUGUAAGAUGAUGACUAUUACAUAAUCUUACUGACUCUCCCAGCCCUACAUGACCAGGGUCCAUGGUACCAGAAGCAGCUUCUGCCUCCUUACUGCCCUGCUUGGUUACUUCCAUCUGCAGAUGAAGGACUGUUACCAGCAGUACCAAGAAUCCCCAAGAAGUUCUGAGAUGUCAGGGGUGAGACAGGGUGGUGGCACUAGUGCUGUAGCGGGGGCUGUAGGUAAUAUUGUCCCCAAGCAGCGCUAAGGUGUCAGUGGGGUGACAGGGCAGUGGCAGUAGCUGGAAGGUCAGGUGACAUUUGGGGAGACAGGGCGGUAGCAGUAGGGGGAGAUG